AUGGGCGACAGGGAUGAAGCUGUUCCGAACACCGAAGAAUAUACGGUCGAGGAGAUUGUGGAUCAUGCACGUUUCGAUGAUUUGUACUUUCGAAAGCUGAUGUAUCUCAAAAAUCAUCACGCGGCUACGGACGAAAUUAUGGGGCGCUUCGUCCCACGAAUCAAAAAAGGCGAAGAAUGUAGCAAAUAUGUUUACAGGACGCGUUGGGCUGGAUAUCGACCAGACGAAGACACAUGGGAGCCUGAAGCUAACUUUUGGAUAGAACAAUGGGUGAAGAAGAAAGAAAAAGAGGGCAGUAGGAGGAAAUCGUUUGCUGCAUUAAAUGGCUCUUCAUCUAGCGAUGACGAACAACCGCCGAACAGAAAACCAUUGAAAAGGAAUACUAGCAAGAAGCUGCAUUCAACUUCGAGUAGCUCAAGUGACAAAAGUGAAGAUGAAUCGAGUCAAUCAUCCGAUGGUCAACCAUUUUAUUUCGAGAUUCCUGUUGCGGAAACAUAUGCUACAAUGAAGGCAGAUGAAAGAAAGAAGAAACAAAAAGAGCUCAAUCGAAUUUACAAGAACGUGAACGGUGAAGGAGUUUGCUUUGGAGAAGAAAUGGAAAAUGAUACCAACAGUAAAGUUCAAGAGAAAAAAAAUUUGCCUGCAGCAUCCGAGGAUUCUUUUAUCGAGCCGCUACAAAAAGACCCAAUAAAACUGAAAAUCAGAAUUGAUCCGCUUGAGAAACUUGUCACUUGUACGCCAGUUGAUAGAGAUGGUGAAAUUGCCAAGCAAACACCUUACUUCAAGAAGCAACGAUCUCCACGAUUGCCGCAGGAAACAGUCGAGGCCGAAAAUGUUACCAAUACUGUACCUGAAGCUCUUCAAAAAGAAGAUGACAUAUUGAUCAUUGAGGAAAAACCCUGCAAGAAGAACAAUUUGAGAAAUAAGAAAUCUCAGGUUGCUACUGGAUACUUUGAGUUUAGCAUGACACCUUUUUUGGCAAUGCCUUAUCAAAGACGCAGGGCUCGGUCCUGUGGGGCUGCGAUGACAGAUGGUGGCGUCUCGUUUGUGAAGGAGCUUGAUGAAAGCGACGCUAAAGAAUGUCGGUGGAAUUCGUUGCUUGAAAGAGGAGUAAGGAAUGAUUCAACGGAGCAGGUGUAUCGAAUAGGGAAACGGAUUCGUUUGACACAGAUUCGGCGAGAUGGAGUUGUUCGAUACGCUUGUGCCGAGAAGGGUGCUCGAGAUCAUCUCAGAAAAAUUGGCCAUGUCAUUUCUAAACCCGUCCCAUUGCGGGAAAUUGACAUGGAGCUCGUCGAGAAGAAUGAGGCCAACAGAAAAAAAGAACAACAUGGCCGAGAAAUGAAUCAGUUCACCACUUCAACUGUGAACACGAUUUCUCGA